AAUGUCAGUCCCAAUAUAACCUCUCAUAACCAAAAACACACACAUCCACUACACGAUCUCUUCUUCUCUAGCGUAUAAUGGUAGUUUGAGCAAAGAUUUUCAGAAGGUAUAAUGGGCAAAACAAGCAAGUGGAUUCGAAAUUUCUUAACCGGAAAGAAACAGAGAUCAAAGGAAAAGAUCAUUCAGAGCGAGUGUGGAUUCACUUCACCGGUUCCAGGCAUUCCUAAAGAGAAACGUCGAUGGAGUUUCAGACGCUGUUCUGCCACCAGACCACCAGCUUGUGCUUCUACCCUCAAAGAAUCACCUCCAUUGGCUCAACCGCCACCGCCACAACCAUUUGAGGUCGCAAACGUUGGCAUUAAAAACGAGGAGAACAAGAACGCUACAGCCGCUGAAAUCGCAAUGGCUGUUGAAGAAUUUGCAGCAGUGAAGAUUCAGGCUUACUAUCGUUCCCAUUUGGCGAGAAAAGCAUUAAGAGCGUUAAAAGGGUUAGUGAAACUACAAGCACUUGUGAGAGGUUACUUAGUGAGGAAACAAGCAACAGCUACACUUAGAUGUAUGCAAGCAUUGCUUACACUUCAGGCCAAAGCUCGAGAACAGAGGAUUCGUAUGAUUGGAGAUUCAACACCAAAAUCCACAAAUCCAAGAACACCGAUUCAUAAAAUCCUGAUCAAUAACAUUCACCACGAGAAUGAACAGAACGUGGAAAUGGAGAUUCAAUCCAAAUUUUACUCUCCGGCUCCUUCUGUAACCGAUAUAAGUCCUCGAUCUAGUAGCCAUUUCGAGGAUUGUAACGCGUUCAACACAGCUCAAAGCAGCCCUCAGUGUUUGAGAUUCAAAGAGUAUUACAAUGGAGAUACUCUGUCUUCUUACGGCUACCCUCUCUUCCCGAAUUACAUGGCUAAUACUCAGUCUUCUAAAGCCAAGGCUCGGUCUCAGAGUGCGCCGAAGCAGAGACCUCACGAGAUCUACGAGAAGAAUACGAGCGCGAGGAGAAAAUCUUCCGUGGAAGCACCGAGGAACAGUGUACUAAAGGCUGUACGGAUGCAGAGACCUUCUUCGUCUCAACUAGGAAAUGAAACUCAACAUCAUCAGUAUUAUCCGUGGAUGGCGACUAGGCUCGAUAGAUCAGACAUUUCGCUUAUGGAGGAGAGCGAAUGCGGAUCUACCAGUGCAGUUAUGACCAAUACCAAGUACGGUAGAUAUGUUGAUGUGAGUCAGGAAAGAUUACUUGUUUCCCAAGAAAACAUUAUUUGAGAUUAGGUUUGU